GAGAAGCGAUAUUAAAGUCCUCCCUUGGUCUUUUCAGAUGUUGUUUACAAAAAUAUUUUAUUUUGGAAUUUUAAACGAUUUUUAUAUAUGAAGAAAUGUUUGUAUUUAAACCUCUGGAUGGAUUGCGGAAUUGGUUAAAAGGUCGAGCGCUUUAUAUUUCGUCAUUAAGUGUUAGAUGUCGAAGAUUGCUGUUUCUUUUCCUGGUUGCCUUUAUUGUGUUUGUAUUUUCUCCUAACCUCAGAAAUUUCCAUCCAACUAAAUAUUUGGGAUCAUAUCAUAUAGACCAAGCAUAUGUUUGCCUUGAGAACAGAAUUGCUCAUUGGAAAGAAGAUAUUGCAUCAAAAGAUGUUAUGGUUUUACACAAACCACUAAAAUCAAAUGAAGCAUUUACAUUUGCUUUUGUUGGUAAUGGUAUUCUAGGGGUAUCAUUAAAUGGUAAUAGACAUCUUUAUAUAAGUGAUGGUAAAUCAAUAUCCAUUGAAAUCCCCUAUGAAUCUUUAUUAUCCUUUACUGUUGAUGAGUAUAAAACAUGGCAAGAAGCUACUGUUUUGGAUUUACGACGAGGAUUAGUUCAUAACAUUCACAGCUAUUCAAAGGAAAAGAGCUGUGUUGUUGUUGAACAUAUCAUUUAUGCAAAUCAAGAAAAGCCUACAUUACUUGUCCAAGAGAUUAUCAUCAACAAUCAUGUGAAUGGACCAGUGCAAGUUAAGUUUCAGCAUCAUGGACAAAAACAAUUAAAGAAUUCCAAGUUAUUUCACGAAAAUUUUUCAGCUGUUAAACCUGGGCAGUCGAGUAUUCCUUUGAGCGUGUUAAUAACCACAAUAAAUCAUCCAACGAAGCGGGACACCGAUUUAGUUGUAGCUGUCGGAUCUUCUUCAAUUGCUCCAAUAGAAACGGUACCUUUUGAAAGCGUGAAAAGUUUGACAUUUUUGACGGCAGUUUCUUCCCAAGCUGUUCCACAGGUGAAGCCAACGACAAAUGCUCAAAUGAAGGUCCAGAAUUCUCUACAUAAAGUAGUUAUAAAUAAUUUAAAAAAUGCUCUUCAUCAAGAGGAAUCAUUGAGAGAAGAUCAUGUCUCAGCUUGGAGAAAGAUUUGGGAAAGCGGUGUUACAGUGGCAAUUCAUCGUCAUCCAGAUACUCCAGCGGGAGAAAUAGUUAAUUUAACGAUGUAUUAUGUCCUCUCAAGUUUAACUACGACCAUUUCCAAAUCACCGUUAAAAUAUUUUCCAGGAAAAUGUUAUCAAGGUGUUCCAACGAUGCACACGGCCUUGCUAUGGAAGAGCCCUUAUUCAGAAACUGACAUUAGUGAUCUUGCCAUGAAAUGGAAAACUGCUUUGACAACGCAGGGAUGUGAAUCAUUUUUUGAUCGAGGACCUGUAUAUCUUCAUCAAGCAAUGGUUUUAAGUUUUGGCGGUUUUACAUUUGCUUCUGAUCAUCUGGAAUUUGCUGCAAAUCCUGCCACAUUACAAACGAAUAUUAUGUUUCACCAUAUUGAAUGUUAUGGGAACUUUAUCGAUGUUGAAGUAUUAGUUGGUCAACAAUUGUCACAAGCCGCAGAAAUUAAGGUUUGGGCGGAAAAAAAACAGGACACGUUGUUUGCCUGCGAGGCAGGUUGCCAAUUUCCACCUGUUAUGUUAAAUUCAGCUGGAAUGACGUUUCCAGUAAAAAUAACUUCUCCAGUCACACCGUUGCUGUAUAUAUCAAAGAAUGAAAGUCAUCUAUUUACCCUCAAGAAUAUGGACUUCAUUCAACAAGCUUGGAAAGAUACUCGUUUUCAAAGCAAACAAUCUCAGACAUAUCUACCUGCAACAUUUUGGGCCUUUAUUGCAUUCCUUAUCAUAGCAUUUCAUUUGUACUUGGUGAAGUUGAUAUAUUCGGAGUGUUACAGAGAGACAAGAUCUGUACGUUUAGCCCGAUAAUAUCUUCUGCUUGCUUUUUGUGUCGACAACGAAUUACAUCAGAAAAUGCGUUAAUUCAUGAUAUUGACCAAAACGUUUCAUUUUGAAAUAUUUGCAAAAUCACUAUGAAUGCUUACUAAAUGUAAAAGGGACACACGAACCAAUUGUGAUUGAGUAAUUAAUGAAAAAAUAUGAAUAAAAACAUAAGUAAUAUCACUGUAUUUAUAAUUGAAUGAAAUAAAACAUUAAAUUUGCA